AUGGCACAAAACAUUAAUAUCAUCGAUUUGCUACCAAACUCUUUGCUUUUCAAAUUCAUUUCACUCAUUCCAUUCAAAGAAGCUGCACGGACAUCAAUCCUUUCAAAACGUUGGUUGCACUUGUGGAAACACUCAACCAACGUAGAAUUUAAUGAACACUAUUUUUCUAAAUCUUACGAAUCCAGCCAUCAGCAAAGGAUAAUUCAAAGAACGAAUUUUGUCAAUUUCAUGGCAUUUUGGAUCGAAAACAACAAAGAAAAUUUCAUCAUUGAAAAAUUCUCUUUAAGAUUGUCAGAUUUUGAUCAUGAAGUUGAUUGUGAGAUCCUCGAAAAGUGUGUUGAUUUUGCUACAAAACAUGGUGUUCAAGAUUUGGUGCUUGAUUUUUCUGAUCCUGAUUGGACUGAAGAAGAUUUUGAAAAACCUGAAGCAUUGUUUGAAUUGCCAACAAAGGUAUAUGAGCAAAAAGCCCUAAAAUCUCUCAAAUUAUUUUCUUGUAGUUUUGUUGAAACUGAGUUGAUUAGGUUGAGUGCUCUCAGAGAAAUUUCUUUUGCUUGGAUGGAAUUGAAAAAUGAUGCCAUCAAAAUUUUGUUAUCCAACUGUAAGAUGAUUGAGAGUUUAACCAUGAAAAAAUGUUGGAUAAGUACUAAAUUUGAAUGUCGUGAAAGUAACUCGAGUUUGAAAAGGAUUGUUGUUGAUAGUUGCAAUUUUGUUUCUUAUGUAUUGGCCAUCAAUGUUCCUAACCUAAUUUAUUUCAAGUAUUAUGGGAAUGUCAUUUGUUUUGAAUUGGAGAACUCCAUACAUAUGGAAGAGGUUGAUCUUGACUUUGGUCUUGAAUAUGAGUUUCCUGAAGAGUGUGGUUUUAUUUACAAUAUCAUUACAAAUUUCAGCCAUGUUAAGGCUCUCGAUGUAUGCAGUUACACACUUCAGGUUUUAUCUGCUGAGUUGGAAUACAUGCUUAUAGAAUAUGAAAUGAAUACUCGACAUUUGAAGUUAAAGACAAACUUGCAUAAUGAUGAAUGUCAAGGAGUCUCGCUCUUGCUCGAGAAUUGUCAUGUGUUGGAGAUUCUCACUAUUAAUUUAGGAUUUGGAAAAUUCUUUGAUAGGGUUUUAGAUGACGACGAUGAAGAUGACGACGACGAUGAUAAUUUGUUAGAGGGUGAUGAUAAAGAUGAAUAUUCAUCUUAUGGUGAGAGUGAUGAGCAGAGAAGUUGGAUAGACUAUGAAAAUAUUUGGCAAUGCUUGACAUCAACUUUGAAGAUAGUUGAGAUCAAUAAUUUUAUGGGUACUGAAAAUGAGGUUUUAUUGCUCCACUUUAUUAUCAAUAAUGGAAGUUUCUUACAAAUGAUCAAUAUCAAUGUGAAAAAGGGAGAGGUUGUGAUGGUGGAAAAUCAUCGUAAGAUAGAAGAAUUUGUGAUGAGUAUUCCAAGGGCUUCAAGAUAUUUAGAGAUAUGUUUUCGUUAUUGA